AUGGAAUUAAAUAAUAACGAGCCUAGUAAUCCAGAUUCUCAAGCUUAUCAUUUUCUAGAUUUGGAUAUAGAAGUGUCUUGGCCAGUUUCAUUUCCAGAUAAUAAAGAGUAUCAUGAAUUUACAGAAAUUGAAAAGCUAAAUUUUAAGGCCAGAAUGACUAAAGAGCGAGCACAAAAAAUAUUAAAUACAAUUAAUAAUUAUAAAAUAGAUGAAAAAUUUCUAGUUAGAGAAGCCAGUAUACAAUCUGAUGUAGAAAGACUUGAUAGUAAUGCAGCCAAAAGAUGGUGCAAACAAAAUUGCCUUGUUCUGAUCCCUGGCUUAUCUGAAAAAAGAAAGCUAGUGAAAAAUGAUAAAAUACAUUUAUCCUUAAAUACACUUCCUAAUAAAUUCUUACAAGGCAUGUUAGGAAAAGAAAAGGCUAUAGAUUGGGAACUUGGAUAUGUAAUAACUAUUUAUACCAAAUAUUUAAGCCAACUUAUUCAGAUUGAAGGUUCCUUAUUACCUUCUGAGAUUGAAGAUGCAAAAAAUAAGAAAGCUAUUAAAUGUUUAUUGAGACCAUUUAUUUCUGAAAAACUUGUAGGAAGAUAA